AUGAAAAUCAAGAAAUGGCUUCAAACCAAACGCAAAGAAGAAAGACCAGGGUCUCAAAACGUUCGUUCGGCCCGCGCCACAUUCCUCCAUCUACCAGGCGAGCUGCGCAACCAAAUCUACGCCUACACCAUCUACCCCAACAUGGGCUCCAUCCUCUUAGUAAACUGUAACAAGCCCGAACAUUUUGGCGCAACGAUACUUCAUCUCCCCAUCUUUCGCAUGUGUCGCCAGAUCCGCGCUGAAACGCUUUCCUACCUGUGCGCAACGUUUCAGCUCGGAUUUUUCGGCAUACACAGUGCCGUUGUUUUUUUCUCUUUGGUGGGAAAGGCAGCGGCGGAGAUUAGGUCUCUUGUUGUGAUACGGCCUGUGCUGGUUGAACAACACUAUGAGGAGAGUAAGGAGACGGUGGAGCGGUUCUUUAGUGUGCUGGAGACUAUGAGCGAGCUAUCUGAGAUGCAGUUAGAGAAAUUGGCGGACUGGACGAUGCCUGGUCAAAGAGAUGCGAAACUGGAGUUUGCCAGGAGACUUGGGAAACUACGGGAGAGACACGUAGCUGUGUGUGUCAGGUAA